AUGCGUGCCACAUUCUUUGCCCUGGCGGCACUGCCAUUCUGCGCAAUUGCUCAAGACCCGGUGCCUGAAGUUGCGCCUACUACUGCCACUACUACAUCUGAAGCUUUCAUUCCACCAGUGAUUGACACGUCUACCGACAUUCCCGUUGGUCUAAACCCUACCACUACCGAUGCUAUCGUUGUUCCUCAGUCGUCGACGGAAGCCGUUCAGGAGAACCCUGAGCCAACUACUCAACCUGCUCCUGUUGUUCAGGAUACAACGACUGCCCAGGCUAUCAUCCAAGACACUACUUCCCAAGCACCACCUCUUGUCCAAGACACAACGACAGGUCCUGCGCCUGUCAUUGACACCACCCAGCCCAUUGCUCAAGAAAGUACAACUGAGCCCAUUGUUCAAGACCCAACUACUGGACUGCCAAUCGUCGACACAACCUCACAGCAAGUACCUCCUGUCCAGGACACAACAACGGAGCUGCCGCCUCCGGUUGACCCUACCACCACUUGGCUUCCCGUAGUGGAUACCACCAACCAGCCUAUCAUCCAGACUCCUGGUUCCUCACAAGACCCAGUUGGUCAGGACACCACCACGGAUGUGCAGGUGCCUGUUGUGCCUACAACAACAUCAGACGCCGUUCCCGGCGUUACCACCGACACCAACAACCCUCUUCCAGACACCACAACUCAACAACAGCCAGUCAUUGACACUACCACCACUGGUGUUCCACCUGCUGAGACUACCACUGCGCAGGUGCCUGUACAGGACACUACAACAACGGCUGCUGAGCAGCCUGCUCAGACCACCACUCAGCACCAGCACCCUGAGCCUACCACUGAAGAGUCCAAGCCCACCAGUAAGGAUGACGAUGAGCCUGUCAUCACCCAGCCCCCAGCCCAGACAACCGUCGCUCCUGAAGUGGCCACAUCUAGCGUCUCCUCCGUCUCCUCUCAGGUCGCCGCUCUGAUCCCCAUCAUCAACAAAUGGACUGAAGACCCUGAGUCUCUCACAGAUGAGACUAACAAGGAGGUCGAGGACACACACGACGACAUCAUCGCUGUUAUCGUGUCUCUGGGCGGCAAGCCCGAUGUGGGCUGCAACAAGAAGCGAGGCCUGCUUGGACCUAUUGGUGACAUCAUCAACAAGCUCGCUUGCAUGGCUCAAGACCUUACCAACAUCUCGGGCAGCAUCAUUGCUGGUAAUGUGCCUGCUGUCACCAGUGUUGUUCCUCAAGUACAGAGCCAGAAUGAUGACCUGACUGAGGAGGAUGAGGAUAACCAGAGCAAGGAGGAGCAGAGUAAAGAAGAGUCUACCAAGCAAGAGGAGACGACCAAGAAGGAGUCCACUACAGAGGCUCCUACAACCACCGAAGCCCCCACUUCAACGGAGGAGUCCACGACCACUGAAGCUACCACAACGACUACUGGCAUUCAACCACCUUGUGGUGCCGAUACUUGCGGUGGUGGUAGCGGUGGCGGUUCUUGUCCUAUAGGAUCUGGAGGGUCGAGAGGAGGGCAAAUGGGCGGCGCGGCUGGCGAAGUCAACUGCAAUGACCUCUCAACAACUACCAUUGACGGACCCCUCCCUACAGACCCCUCACAGACCAUUGACUUCGGUGACGAUCCCUUUACUGCUCCUACUGCCCGUGCCGAGUCUGCAUCCCCACCUUCCAAGCGUGAUAUGGAGCUAGGAGCUCGAGCAUUCAACGAUGACAUGUCUCCUAAUCCUUUCUAUGUUGCCUCCCUCACGCCCUUUUGGGUGGAUCAGACUGGAGCCACAGCUGGACAUUGGUUUGGUGCUCCCUCUUUUGCUGGUAAAGGCUCUGCAGGAGUCAACGGCAUCUAUGGCUGUACCUCCGUCAUUGUCGUGUCUAACCUGGGUGUCUAUGUGUCUCAUAUCUGGGAGAAUCCUGUCUUUAUCGAUAGCUUCGGAACUCCUACGCCCGACGACCAGUUCCAGGCCAAUACCUUCAAUGCCCUUCGUGACGGCACUAUCGAUGCCAACGCUGAAAGUAUUGCUGGUUAUGUCGGUACAGACCAAGCCCCUGGUGUCUUGCAUUCCAUAUUUCAUCCCAGGGUUUUCGUCGUCACUCCCUUCACCACCGACUAUGAUCGUAGCAUUGGUGUCACCACUAAUUUGCGCUACGAGGCUCGUGCAAACUACUUAGCGACUGCAGUCUCUGGUAUUGUCCCCGGAUCUGACUCAACCGUUCUCGGUUACACACGAGUUGGUGAAGUAGAAUCCAAGGAGCAGUACGGAACGUGGGGUCGCGCUAUCGUUGAGUAUGAUAUGCUUGAAGAGAUCGUCUUUGGCAACGAUGGCGCCAUGACGGGUGAUUUUAUGGGCCGGUGGAGGCUUUGGGUCGAGGACCAGCUGGUCACUUCGCACAAGUUUCUCGUCUUCCCUGAUCCUAUUGCCGUCCCUGAAACUACACCCGCUGCUACACCUGCUGCCGGUCUGCGAAAGCGUGCCGACGAGGAGGCUGCCAGCAAGUGCUUGAUCCGUGGUGGUUCCACUGGUACGACCUCGGCUGGACCCUCCUCUACAGACAAUGCUGCUAUAACAGCUGAUGCCACUUCCGCUGCCGAGACUUCAGCUGUCCCUACCACAGAGGUUAGGACUUCUGAGGGUGUUGAGACAACCACUGCUGAAGAGAACCUAACCACUACCGACGAGAAGACUACCGAGGCUGUAGGAACAACCACCAGCGAGGACAAGACUGUCGAGGCCACAAUAACUCAACCUGACGCUGUCUUGACAACCUCUACUCCAAGCACCUUUAUCACCACUACCAGGCCCUCAUCCAAUGCCAUCACAUCUGCGGUUACAUCUGAUGCAGCAACAACUAGUGAGGACGUCCGCACCUAUUACCCCUGCAACAUCUUCGGCGGACCUCGCGUCGCCACGCCAUACUGUCAAUGCAGCACCACAGUCUCUGGCAAGCAAUACGUCACAUCUGCCUCUCUGAUAGAUAACAGUUGCGUGGACUACACUUCAUACCCUUCCCCAGUUGUCCCCGUCACCGAAGCCCCAGCUACCCAAGCCCCGGUACAAACUCCAUUCACUGAGACCAACGACGGCACCGUCUUGGUAUACACAGCUUACACUCUUGACUACUUCAUGGCUUAUACUGUUCAUGUCACAGCGACACGUGGUUAUGGCGUACCAUCAACUGUUUCCACGCCUGUACCUACUCAAACUGCUGUUGACAAUGACGGCAGCGGCCAGUGCGGAACAUCUGAUAGCCUGUCGAAGAAGGGUUUGGGUGAGGCCUGUGAUAGGGCUAUCAAUGAGUUCGACGCCGAUACCGUGUACACGGGUUACACGACGCGUUAUAGUCGGUCUAACAAGGGUAUCCUGAUGGCUGCCUCGUUUGGUCAAGCUGCUUGUAUUGCCAAGUUUCAGUGUGAUGACUAUGGUAUUGGAAUGAAGGGUAGUGAUAUCAUUGCAGCUCGCGAGAACGCGAAGCAGAACGAUGGUAUUUGGAUUUGUGGACAUAUACGCCUGUCCAACUCAUGCAGUGUUGUCAUGGACUACUGCACAAACUGUAACAACAGCGGUUAG